UCUCUCUCUCUCUCUCUCUCUCUCUCUCCAUUCCCUCGCCUCCCCUCCUCACGUAGCGUUUCCUCACCAGUCCCUUCACUAGCCAUGGCGAGCGGCGGGGCCGCUACCUCCACCCCCGCUACCGCCGGCGGCGGCACCACCAAUUCCGUGUCCGCUUCGCUCUGGUGGGAUUCCUUCGUCGUCCUCGCCGACGACCUCGACCGCGCCGCCGCCUCCCCCUCCGUCCCGGGCGUCCUCGCGAAGCGGAUCAAGAGCCACCACGCGUGGCUCCGCGGGUCCGUCUCCAUGUUCGGGAAGCCGAACGAGGCGUCGAGGAGCGCGCUGGGCGCUGGCGAGAUCGCCGUCGGGGAGCACCGCCUCACUAUCAAGCCGGAGCUCAAGGAGGCUGCGCUUCGCGCGAGCAAAUGCCUGAACUUGGAUGAGGUGCAGUCAUACAUUCUGGUCAAGAGAUCUUCAGAAACAUCUUCAACAUUCCAUGAUGCUGAUGCUCAAGAGUUUCUUCGUAUGGUAUCUGUACAAUAUUACCUUGAGCGUCAAUGCUUACUGAAGUGCAUCAGAAGAAUCUUUGUUCAUGCAAGUGAUGGUUCUGAUUCAACUGAUGCCAUUCGAGACGAGGCUUCACUAUUGAUUAGUGAAGAGAUAGAACGAAAACUGAUAUCCAUCAUUGAAGAUUCUUUUUCAACUGCAUCUUCUAUAAAAGUGGAAGCAGAAUUUACAGUUUCAUGUCUGGAAGAAACUUUGAUUGAAACUAACUUGAUUCUUGACAUUUUGUUUCUUGCUUUCUAUGAUAACUUCUCAAGAUGUAAUGGUGGACUGUGGAUAACUUUGUGUUCAAUUUUUAAGGAUAUUCUCUGUGGUUCUUAUGAUGGGAAAUUUGCUGUAUCUGUUGAGGCAAAGAAUUCAUUUCACUAUGCUAAAGCUCAGCUACUUCUUAUUCUUAUUGAAACUUUGGACUUCGAAAAUCUCCUCCAAAUGAUUCGUGAUGAAGUUCCUUUCAGUGGAGGGUGUUCUGCAUUUUCUGUCGGUGAUAUUCUUGAGAUGGAUGUUGAAAUAUCAAAAUUUCCUGAAUUUUCAAUGGUGGAAGCAGGACCACUUAUGCUGGCUUGGGCAGUUUUUCUUUGCUUAGUUUUGUCUCUUCCAGAAAGUAAUACCACCUUGGAAAUUGAUCAUACAUCUUAUGCCCAACGGGCCUUUGAGUUUGCACCAUUCAAUUAUUUACUAGGAGUUCUUUGCUCAAGCAUCUUCAAGGAGUCAGAUGGUCCUGUUUCUGGUUAUCGAAGUGCAUUGCGAGCAUUCAUUUCAGCAUUCAUUGCUUCAUAUGAGAUCUCUUAUCAGACAGAAGACAGUUCUCUUGAUACGAUUUUAAAUAUCGUGUGUGAAAUUUAUGAUGGAGAGGAAUCACUCUGCAUGCAAUUCUGGGAUAAAGAGAGUUUUGUUGAUGGUCCUAUCAGAUCUGUUCUUCAUAUGGUGGAGAAGGAGUAUCCUUUCCAAAUAUCAGAACUGAUUCGCUUCUUAUCAGCUGUUUGCCAUGGAAGCUGGCCUGCUCAAUGUGUAUAUAAUUAUCUUGAGAGGAUGAAUGGGGUUACAACAUCAUAUGCCAUCUCUAAUAGUGUUGCUGACAAUGUGAAUUACCGCCAUCAAAUUGAAAUUCAUCAUCCAAUCAGCAUUCCUGGUAUUGAAGGCAUUGCAAUUCCCCGAGGGAGCCAUGGUUACAUUUUGAAAGUCCUUCAAGAGGAUGCUGCAUUAGUACGCUGGGAGUUCCCACAUUCUGGUGUUUUCUUUUUGCUCAUAACUUUGGCGCAAGAUCUCCAUUCAUGCAAUUAUGAGGAAGCCUCUGAUAUCAUGGACCUACUUUUUCGGAUGGUGUCAUCAAACAAGGAUCUGUGCUUUGCUUUGCUACAUGCUGACAAGUCACUUGCUGUUCAAACAUCAAAGAACUUGGGACAAAUCGAAAAGCAUGUUAGGAUUGAUAUUGCUAAUGUAUUUUGCAAUUCCAUUUUCAAAUAUGGGCAAGAUGUUAAUAAUUCCAGCAUAUUGUCCAAAACCCUUGGUCUGCUAGCAGAAAUGCUCAAAUGUGCUCCAUAUCAUGUGUUUGAUGCGGCGUUUGAGUCCAACAUCUUCACUUCACAAUUGAAUGGUCCAUCAAGUGAUUGGUUACUUUCUGGUGCACUAGCUAGAAUGCUUUUUGCUGCCUCCGAGGAAAACGGAGAUUGUUCUUCACUUACAUCGUCAGUGCUUGAUUUUUCCAUUCAGGUUCUUCGGAAAGGAGCUGCUGCUGAUCAUAUAAUAUCACCAUUAAUUGUUUUUUCAAUUCAAUACUUUAUGGUUAAUCAUAUGAACUGGAAAUACAAGAAAUUUAGUCGCUGGAAGACAACUCUUCAGGUCUUUGAAUUGGUGAAAAGCUGUAUUCAAGUCAAACCUUUCUCAUCAAAGCUUGGUGGCAUCAUUUGGGAAAUUCUAUUAUAUGAUUCUUCUGUCCACAGUGUACUUUGGCAGAUUUUGUCCAUGUCAACACAACUACUGAAACACUCAUAUGGCAACUAUUAUUAUGGUCUUAAGGAUAUUGAGGAUAUACAACUCGUCCUUUGCAGUGGACUUGAUAUUAUAUAUUACAUGCUGUCCAAUUUACCAGAGGUAAAACAAGAUUCACUGCCAAAUCCACCAUUUGUUACUAUGAUUCUGUCAUCUUCACCAAAGCCAUUUUGUUUUGUCACAGCUCUAAUAUCGUUGAUGUCCCUUUGGAAUUCUGAUAUACAAGUAGCUGCCGCUAGAGCAUUAUCAAUAUUGUGUUUCACUGCAUAUAAAGCCCAACCUCAAUUGACAGAUAAUGUCAGCUUUACUGGUGAUGUUUCAGAGAUUCAGAGAUUGCGAGCAAGUAUUUCCUGCAUUCUCGACGAGGAAGAGAAAACUGAUGAUUGUUUGGUUGUGGCUGUAUUCAACCUUCUGACUUCUGCUGCUCGUUAUCAGCCUGCUUUUCUUAUUUCCUUGACAGAGCAGAGUAGGAAGCCUACUGAUCGUAACACUGCUGCAAAUAAUAAGAUCAAUGGACUUACUGUUCUUACUUCAAAAAAUAAUGCUAGACUUGUUGAUCAAAUCUCAGGUUAUAUUAUAAGGUCUACUGAGCUUAUGAAUAGAUCUCCUUCUGUGUUACUUAGUAUUCUCGACUUACUGAAGGCAUUAUGGGGAAAUGGUAUUCAGUUUGUAUACAUUUUAGAGAAGCUGAGAAGCUCUAUAACAUUCUGGGGUAGCUUAUCACAGUGUAUUCAUGUUACCCUUGAUACCUGUCCUGCUGAUAAUGUUGACGCUGUUGAUGAGAAAUUUGCGUUGAGGUACCAUUGUCAGGGCAAAAUUUUUGAGAUCAUGUCACAUGAAUUGUUCUUGCAAGGAAAAUUGCUUGCAGAGACUUCUAAUCCUGUCCCAGAUGGUUCAAAGGAGCUUUUGAAAUGGUUUGAUACUGUUAUUUUGGAAGAUCUGAUCAAUCAUUUGUCAAGUAAUUCAUACAAAAAGGAGCUUCUUCAUCGUGCUAAGGUAGCUGCCUGCCUUUGUAUCAUCCAUCUAAUAACAAAGUUGUCCACUGGUGGUACUGGCAGCUUGUCUUUCUCAGUGAUGAAGAAGAUUCAGAUCAUAUCUACAAAAUUGUCACAACAUCAUGCGUUCUUAGCUCUCCUGUCGCAAUAUUCCCUGCAUGGUUACAGUGGUGAACAAGAACUUACCAAUUUGGUUAUCAAUGAUCUUUACUAUCAUAUACAUGGAGAACUUGAGGGUCGUCAGAUUACCUCUGGCCCUUUUCAGGAGCUGCUUAAUUUCCUUCUCCACUUUAAAGUUUUUGAACACAAUCCUUCGGAGCAACUACAGAACACUUAUCUAGUGGCAAAUGACAAAUUUUUGUUCGAUGUUGCACACAUACGUGACGAGCUUGGAGUUGAUCUUUGGACUCAUUCAGACUGGAAGACCUCUAAAGAAGUAGCUGAAAAAAUGCUGUAUAUUAUGUGUAAAGCAAAUCAGAUGAAGUGUUAUGCUGAUGCAAAGCUUUCUACAUUGAGGUCCUUCUUGACAUUUUUAUCUGUCUGUACCGGAGCGAGUUCCAACAAGAACUUUUACUCACCUGAUGGAGGGAUUUCAGUAACAACCACACGAUUGGCGGUUAGAUAUGCAUGCAAAUCGUUUGAGUCAACUGUUGAUUCAUUACUUCCUCAAGUUGAUACAAAUGAGGUUUUGUUUCCCCUUCUUUCUGAGCAAGUGGAAUUAUUGCUUACUCUAGCCAGGAUAUUAUUUCAUCAAUCAAAGCAAAAUAAGAACACAAGUUUUGUCUAUCCAGAUGUUGUACUUCUAAUGAAAACAUCAGGUGCCAGCACAUCUUUUUUAGUUGAUCUCAUGUCAUCCAGUCAUGCUCUUAAGCAACCAGUGAAAGCCCUCCUUGUUCUGCUUUUGUCUUCAUAUGAGUUCAUUUACAACAAGGAUGACAUAAAAGAUCAAUCAGAUGAUGUUAACUUGUUUGGUGAAUUAUCCCUUUUAAGUGUGAGUUUGUUACCUGUACUGUGCAAAUUGGCAGAGAAUAGGGAAUGUUCAGAUCUUGCUAUUUCAUCAAUGGAUAUAAUAUUGAAGGGCUUUGUACCUUCUAAUGUAUGGGUGCCUAUUCUACAAAAGCAUUUUCGUCUCCAGGCUAUACUGCAUAAAUGCCAGAAUGGGGAUUUAUUAUCUACUCAAGUUAUACUGAAUUUCCUCUUAACCUUGGGUCGAACAAAGGAUGGUGCAAAAAUUAUUCAGUCCACCAAUAUUUUUGCUUUCUUAAAGGCAUUUUUGAGUCAGUUGUCUCUGGAUGACUCCUGUUUGAGAAAUUCGUUGAGCGCCCAAGCGAAGGAUGUGAAUCUAUGGGGUUUGGGUCUUGCUAUUGUUGCGUCGCUGAACCACUGUUUAGAUGAUGACAUUUCUCGUAACAAUGUUGUGAACAGUACUAUCAGCUUCCUUUCAGGACAGGUGCCUUUGAUGUCAUCUUAUCUAUCUGCACAUAGUGUUACUGCUCAUCAGAGCAAGAAAAGGGCACUGUUGCAGAAGUCACAGACAUCACUUUCAGCCCUCGGUCUUACUGAGAAUAUUCUCAUACUUCUCUGUAUGUUGGCAAAAUAUCAUUUUCCACGCGACACAGGAAUGAAGGAAGUAGAUUCAGAACUAAGAGAGAUUAUUAUCCACCUGCUUGCAUUUAUAAGCAAAGGAAGUAUAAAAACUGGUGAUUCCUCAAACUGGAACUCGUCUUUUCUUUGCCCUGCUAUUGUUAAAGAGGAAUUAGCGCUUAAUGAGAAGCCACCACUCAUUUGGAGCAAAUAUGGUUGGUUCAAACUUGCCGCAAGUAGUACUUUGUCAACUGCAUGUGUUUCAGUUUCUUCCAGUGCAGCGUUAUCCCUAGCGAUCAGAGAAAAAAGUCCAGGAGUUUCUGAUGCUAUAAGGCAAACUCGUUUUACUGAGAUGUUAGCUGUUCAAAUUUACAGGAUUGCUUUUCUUAUUAUGAAGUUCCUCUGUAGUCAAGCAAAAGAGGCAGUAAAAAGGGCUGAAGAACUGGAGUUUCUUGACCUUGCUCAUUUUCCUGAGCUUCCCAUGCCAGAUAUUCUUCACGGUCUACAGGAUCAAGUGGUUUCUAUUGUCACUGAAGUAUUUGAGGCAAAUGGGUCAAGCACUCUAAAUCCUGAGGCAGAGAGGGUAUGUCACCUCCUCUUGGUGAUACUUGAAACAUCACUUCACAUGGAACUAUGUGUAUCCCAAUCCUGUGGCAUCAGGCCAAUACUGGGUCGAUCUGAAGAUUUCUGCAAGGGAAUUAAGGCUAUGCUUCAAGCUAUAGAGAAGCAUUCCAGUUUUAAACCAUUGGUCAGGUCACUACUUCAAAUUACUUCUCUUCUGUAUCCUGGGCUUGUGCAAAGUAACAUUCUCAUGUAGUUCUUGUAAAUUGUAUCUCCGUUAAUGAAAUGUGUUGGCUAACUUCCAUUGAUGGAGGUGCAUACACAGUGAACAUAUACUGUCAAAAUUGACCAUUCUAUGGGGAUGGAUGUACACACGUUAGGAGUGACCUUGUACUUGUUUCAGUUUAUUGUACUGAGCGUUUCUUCAUUGAUAUUGCAUGGUCUAGGGGUGGAAAAUGUAUAGAAAGUAUUAUUGUGAUAUUUUAGACAUAGUUUUUUUUAAAGAAAAAUUACAGAGUUGCAUUUUGUAGUUGACAUCAAGCUGGGAGAUGUUGCAAGGUAGAUGCAAAUUAUGAUUGUAGUACUGUGGCAACUAUA